AUGGGCACAGCUGGUGAUCGUCUGCUAGACAUACCCUGUAAGGUCUGUGGCGAUCGUAGCUCUGGAAAGCACUAUGGCAUCUAUAGCUGCGAUGGCUGCUCCGGUUUCUUCAAGCGGAGCAUUCAUCGCAAUCGCAUUUACACCUGCAAAGCCACCGGCGAUCUGAAAGGUCGCUGUCCCGUGGACAAAACCCAUCGGAAUCAGUGUCGCGCCUGUCGCCUUGCCAAGUGCUUUCAAUCGGCCAUGAACAAGGAUGCUGUGCAACAUGAGCGUGGUCCCAGGAAACCCAAGUUGCAUCCACAGCUCCAUCAUCAUCAUCAUCAUGCUGCAGCCGCUGCAGCAGCGGCUCAUCAUGCAGCAGCGGCGCAUCAUCAUCAUCAUCAUCACCAUCAUGCCCAUGCCCAUGCUGCAGCCGCUCAUCAUGCAGCCGCUGCUGCAGCGGCUGCUGCGGGUUUGCAUCAUCAUCACCAUGCCGGUGGCCACCUGCCCGUCUCCCUGGUGACCAAUGUCUCGGCCUCGUUCAAUUACACGCAGCACAUCUCCACUCAUCCACCUCCGCCGGCUGGUGCUUCGGGUGGCUUCCACCAAGCACCAGCUUUGCCGGGUCACCAUCUUCAUGGACAGCAGCAACCGCACCAGCAACAGCAGCAGCAGCAGCAGCAGCAGGUGCAUGCAACGGCCUUCCACCAUCCAGGACAUCCAGCACAUGCACUGGCUCCUCCUCAUGGUGGCAGCAAUCCAGGCGGAAACUCCAGUUCGAUCUCGAGCAGUGGAUCCACCAGCGGUGGGGGAGCGUCUUUGCCCUUCCCAUCGCACCUGCUGCACCACAAUCUCAUAGCGGAAGCGGCCAGCAAGUUGCCAGGAAUAACGGCUAGUGCUGUGGCAGCUGUGGUUUCCUCUACCACGACACCUUACCCCACCGCCGCCCAGGUGGUGAAUCCUAAUAACAACAACUACUCCUCACCUUCGCCUAGCAAUUCUAUACAAUCGAUCUCCAGUAUUGGUUCCCGAAGUGUGGGUGGUGCAGGAGAAGAGGAGGGUCUUAGCCUGAGUCUGGGCAGUGAGAGUCCUCGAGUGAAUGUGGAGACAGAGACACCUUCGCCAUCGGCAUCGCCACCCUUAAGUGCUGGCAGCAUCUCGCCGGCGCCCACGUUGACCACUUCCUCGGGCUCGCCGCAGCCUCCUCGACAGCCUCCCUCCCGCCACAGUCUCAGCGAGGCUACCACGCCCCCUAGUCAUGCCUCCCUAAUGAUCCGCAGCAAUAACAACAAUAAUAAUAAUAACAAUAAUAAUAAUAAUGGAGAACACAAGCAAUCCAGCUUUACAUCAGGAUCACCUACACCCACCACACCCACACCACCGCCUUUGGGCUCAAGGAUGGGGACAAGUGCUUGUCCUACGGGUUCAGCCUCAAAUGGUUUCCUGGAGCUGCUGCUCAGUCCGGACAAGUGCCAGGAGCUCAUCCAAUACCAGGUGCAGCACAAUACAUUGCUUUUCCCGCAGCAACUGCUGGACUCACGGCUGUUGUCCUGGGAAAUGCUGCAGGAGACGACGGCGCGGUUGCUUUUCAUGGCAGUUCGGUGGGUCAAGUGCCUCAUGCCCUUCCAGACGCUCUCCAAGAAUGAUCAGCAUUUGCUGUUGCAGGAGUCCUGGAAGGAACUGUUUCUGCUUAACCUGGCUCAGUGGACUAUUCCUUUGGAUCUUACGCCCAUUCUGGAGUCACCUCUUAUAAGGGAAAGGGUGCUGCAGGAUGAGGCCACUCAGACAGAGAUGAAAACCAUCCAGGAGAUCCUGUGCCGCUUUAGACAAAUCACACCCGAUGGCAGUGAAGUGGGUUGCAUGAAGGCAAUUGCCUUGUUUGCUCCUGAAACCGCUGGCCUUUGUGAUGUCCAACCGGUUGAGAUGCUGCAGGAUCAGGCACAAUGUAUCCUCUCGGAUCAUGUGCGUCUUCGUUAUCCCCGUCAGGCUACUCGCUUUGGGAGACUUCUACUCCUCCUGCCCUCUCUGAGGACCAUUAGGGCUGCCACCAUUGAGGCUCUGUUCUUCAAGGAAACCAUUGGAAAUGUCCCAAUUGCCCGACUCUUGCGUGACAUGUACACCAUGGAGCCGGCCCAGGUGGACAAGUAA